GUGGAUUUAAAAAUACUUCCAUCGAAGGAGAACCUUCUUUCAUGCAACGAGUCGGUUGCGAAAGUGCGGACGAGAAAAUAGAACAGACUAUCAGAAUUCUUGUAAGCGAGGGAGAAUGCGACCCUCUCACACAAGCAUGGGGGAACAACAAAUUUCUAUGGAUGACGCCCUUGCACCGCUUCACAGGUAGUGCCAAAAUAUUCACCUAUCUUCUUCACCAAGAUUAUUUCAUGGUCGAUACAGAUUCUUCGCGCCAUGAAAUGAGGGACAUUGCUUCAGUCUAUGUACGCCAUGGCGGUCCUAAUAGUGCCGCACUUGCUAUACAAUGCCUAAGCAAGGGUGAUGGUUUAUAUUACCUGGCUAGCAAGGUAGAUCUUCUCAGAGGGAGCGUACUCCAUGACAUCGCGAGGAAUAUCUCCCAGAAUCAGUAUACGUCCAAAGACUGGGCUCGUGUCGGAGAAUCAUAUCGUCUGCUGUUAAAGAAUACACUGAGAGCUGGCGCGGACGUACACGCGUUAGACCAUGAGCAACAUACUCCUUUCGGAACCCUAGCAUGUAGACACCGCACAGACAUGCAACAACGCGUCAUAAGCUGCCAUCCUAGCAAAAGCAUAUUGACGUGGCUAGAUUCAAUACGGGCUGUAGGUCAUGACCUGCAGCACUAUGUCGAGAAAGAAUGCGAAAUCUACAAGGGCAGACCUCUAUGGUGCUCGAAAGGGUGUUGUGAAAGACCGCCAGGUAGAUUCACAAGGACGCUGAUAUUGGAUCGAGAACCAACCACAGAUAAUCUAAUAUUAGUUGUGAAGGACAAAGGUUCCGGUGGGGAUAUGUGUGUCCAGCAAUCGAUGUUCCUUCCUCGAAUCUGCAACAAGUUCUACUCUCAAGUACAACAAAAGAAUAUGAUUAUUACAGAAGAAACACGCUUCUUCAUAACACCGAAAGUGGAUGGAGUUCAAGAGUUUGGAUUAAUACCAAGGGAAACCUGUUCUCCAGUCGUUGAUAGUUUGAGUUCGCCCGUAAAGGCAGUUGCAGACGAUUACGGAGAGGAUCAUAGUGUAUGAAGAACCAAG